AUGGCGGAGCACCCCAGGCGUAUCUCCGAGAUUACUCCACGCAACUCAGAUAUAUCACCGCUUCUACGUCUCCCUGGAGAGAUCAGGAAUGAGGUCUAUCAAUACGUUCUCAACGAAGGCGUCUACCACUUCAUGGAUGAUGAUUUAUGGCCCAUGACCGAAUGUGAGGAGCGGUUUGCCCUCCUGCGAGUCUGCCGCGAGAUUUACAACGAAACAAGGCUACUUCCAUUCUCUCUUAACACAUUCAGCUUCAGCAAUUUUCAGAACUUCCACAGGUUUAUCGUCAAAUUCACUACAGCAAAGCAACGUCAAGCCAUUCGUGCACUAGACAUAGCAAUCUGCAAUUCAUGCUGCAUCGACGACAUGAAAGACUUUGAAACCCGCCAGAUGUACUCGUUAUCUGACGUACUUCCGGCUCUGCAAUAUGUCGACGUAUCUAGAUACGGUGCGAAGUAUUGUGCCAAGGCCACGCUUGAGGAACGGCAGAAGAAGGUCGACCAGUGA